UCUCAGUCCCCGGUACCUUUAAGCUUGGCCUACGUGGCAGCCCUAGCAGUGAUCAGCUGCUGUCGGAGGAGGGGCCCGAUACACACGCUGGGCUAGGCCUCACGUCAUUACCACAGUGCCAGGGACUUGAGUAGCUAGAGUGCCGGGAACAGCCUCUACAUGGCCAGCAACAACAUAAUGGGAAACGCCGAGGACUUUGUGGAUCAGUUCCUUAGAGUUACAAAACAGUAUCUUCCCCACGUGGCACGACUGUGUCUCAUCAGUACCUUCCUAGAGGACGGAAUCCGAAUGUGGUUUCAGUGGAAUGAGCAGAGAGACUACAUUGAUGCAACCUGGAACUGCGGGUAUCUGCUUGCAACUAUAUUUGUCCUCCUCAACUUGCUGGGACUACUAGGUGGUUGUAUAUUGGUCCUUAGUAGAAACUUUGUACAGUACGCGUGUUUUGGGUUGUUUGGAAUUAUAGCAAUGCAGACUAUCGCAUACAGUAUCCUUUGGGACCUGAAAUUCCUGAUGAGGAACCUGGCACUUGGGGGAGGGCUCUUGCUCCUUCUGGCGGAGUCUCGGUCAGAAGGUAAAAGUAUGUUUGCUGGGGUCCCCACUAUGGGCGAGAGCUCUCCGAAGCAGUACAUGCAACUAGGGGGCCGCGUACUGCUCGUCCUCAUGUUCAUGACGUUGCUUCAUUUCGACGCCAGCUUCUUCUCCAUUCUGCAGAACAUUGUGGGUACGGCGCUGAUUAUCUUGGUUGCUAUCGGCUUCAAGACCAAGCUAGCCGCUCUUACUCUGGUCGUGUGGCUAUUUGCUAUCAACGUCUACUUCAAUGCCUUCUGGACCAUCCCAGCAUACAAGCCCAUGCAUGACUUCCUCAAGUAUGAUUUCUUCCAGACCAUGUCUGUUAUUGGGGGGCUGCUUCUAGUGGUGGCUCUGGGCCCAGGUGGAGUCUCUAUGGAUGAAAAGAAAAAGGAAUGGUAACAUCUCACCAGACCCAACACUGCUUGUAAAUUGUACAAUGUCUUGUAUGAAAACAGAGUCCUGGUGAAACAUCUGCCUGAAAGUUGUCCUCUAAACAUCUUGUGCACCGCAGAGUUCUGCGGACUGUAUGUGAUUCUUCGUCAUCGCUGAAAGUCCACCUGAGUGCGUUUGUCAUUAAUGCAGUAUCCUGUAAUCCUUUAUAGAACUAUUCAUCUCCAAUCUGCUUACCAGGCUUCCUCCUGGUCAGCCAUGUUUGUGGUAGCUCCAUUUAAGGAGCUUAGUGGUACUGGGCUAGU